UCUCUUUGAAAUCCCUUGCACAGAAACAGCUUGUGCCAAAAUGAAGGUUUUUGCCCUGACUAUUCUGCUGAUCAGCAUCUGCUAUGUACAAGGUGGCUUAGUGAAACGGCAAGCAGAGGAAGAACCUCAGGCUGAGGUCGCAAAUGUCCUUACCGCUCCGUUCACUGAAUUUAUCCGGCGGUUGCAACAGGAAACCGAAGGAUUCGCUUCCUCCGUCCAGGAAAAAUUUGGGCAAACCACGGUAGAAAGGAUUAGGACCCAAUUUGAGACGGCGUUCCAGCAAUUCCAGGACAGCCUUACUCCUCUCACCGAACAGAUGAGGCAACACGUGGACCGACUUUUCCCUCGUCCGACCCAGCAAGCCACCGAAGAUGCCGCUUAAAGUAGAUUCUUCUCAAAAUGGAGUUCUCCGUUUCCUUCGGCCCGGGAUGUAUAUUUAGCAAAAUUCCUGGCACUUUUUUCCUGAAUCGAAAUUGUUGAGAUCCUAAAACUAGUCAUAAUAAAGAUAAAUUGGUCCUUC